CCCGCUCCCGCAAAACGUCAGUGCACGACGAACGGACCUCGCCGCGGCAUCGCCGCAGAAAACGUGUGUGCGUGCGCGAGAUUUUCAACAACGCGAAGAAAAUUUUUCUCCCGUCGCGAAAAAAUCCACUUUUUGGCCGUGUACCGCCGCGGACCGUGACCACGGGUGGCAUCGCCGGGCGCGCCAGGAUUCGGGCCACCGGAAGCGACUGGAGUUGGCCGCGGGCGGGCGAGUUUUGGGGGUGAAAAGAAGGUGCCAAGUUUGGGGAGGAUUUUUUUUGCUGUUCUGACGAGCAGCUUGACGGUGCGGUUUUUCGCCCUGGCCUGCUGGUCCCCGGGCGGAAGAGGCGGUGGCUCAGUGAAAAGUGAUUAUUAUUGGUAAACAACAGUUACAGUGAAGUGUCGGAAGAGGUGGGAGUUUGAGGAAAAGGUGUCGUCUCCCCGUCGGGGGAAAGGGAGGGUAAUAGAUUGACGCAGGGAAUGUGACCGAAAAAAAAGCAGGAUUCGAGCCAAUUUGGAUUAGUUGCUCAGGAGAAAAUCCUGAAGAAAGAGGCAGCAAAGAAGGACGAAACAAAUCGCUUUCGCCACUAUGGACGAUGAGGAUGGUUCCCAACCAGCAGACGCAAACGCCACAACCGCCAUGGCCGAAGAAGACGUCACCACCGCGUCCGCUGCGGCACCGGCUACGGCGACAGAUGACCCCACCUCACCCCCGGAAUCAUCGCAAGAGCCCGUAGAAGUGCAGCAGCAGCAGCAAGAACCACCCUCGCUAGACGCUGACGGUGAAGAAGUGGCCGCUGCCAUCCCAGCUGUAGUCCAGCAAGAAGACGACGGAAGCGAUUCCGUGCAGUUUGUGCCGAAUUCCCCGGAAGCUUCACAAGAAGAGGAGAAGAAGGAAUCGAUACAAGAAGAAGUUGGUUUGACGGAAGCAGUGAAUGACGAGGAGAUUGAGAGGGAUGUCGGGCAAGCUGAAGUUGAGCCACCAACGUCGGAGGUUAUCACCGUCGAGGACGAUUCCGAGCAGGGCGAGAGUGGUACCGCUGAGGAGCAACCUGUUGAGGAGGAAGAACGAGCUGAAGAGGUCCAAGAGACGGAAGAGCAGGUUGAAGAUACCGAAGAACAAGCUGAAGUAGUCCAGGAGUCCGAACAGCAGGUUGGAGACGUCGGUGAUGAACCAAUGGAAGACGUAGAACGAUCGCAAGAGCAAGAGAUCAAUGAAGCGGUUCAAGAUGAAGCUGCGGUGGUUCCUCCGACCGAAGAGUCUCGAGAAUCAGCAGAGCACGUUGAACCUCAGGAAGAAGAACUGCAGUUGAAUGCCGACGCAGAACCGGAGGAGGUCGUCGAUGAGCAUCGUCCGCAGGACGAUGAAGAAAUGGAAGACGUUCAACAACAGCGGAAUUCAGAAGAGGAAGAACCUCACGAAGAUGUUCCAAAGCAAAAUUUGGACGCAAGUGACUUCACGGUCACCGUAAUAAAGCACAAGGUAAACGGAAACCUUACUGGCAGCGAAGCUGCCAGCUCAGAUGUUGUGGACGUUGAUCAGGUUAAACAACCUGAGUCUACGGAAGUGAAGGCGGACGAAGAAGAAGCUGCCGUUGUGACAAACAUGGAGGAAGAGGAGAGUGAGCUGCAAGAAUCGACCGAGCUGGAGCGAAGAGCGGACGAAGUUCCCGAAGCGGAGCCAGAAAUUGAACAACCGGAGGUGACGCAAAGGCAAGAAGAGUCCGACGAUUGCAUGGAGAUUGACGAGGAUGCUGAAGCGAGGAACGAGGAGGAGGAGGACUCACCAGUGUUGGAAGAACGACGGAUAGAGGAACAACCGGCUGUGGAGAAGGUGCCAUCGAGGAGUGAAGACUUGAGUGAUCAACCUCAAAUCAACGGAACCGCCUCGCACGAUGAAGAAGGGGAGGAACCGGCCGCCAGCUACAAACGAUUACGAUCGUUGAGUCCGGAAGCAACGACGUUGCCAACGGCGGUGGUCGACGCCGACGUUCAAGAACCGCUGAGCAAACUUGCGCGGCUCGAGGAGGAGGAGGAGCAGCAGGACCACACUUCCGAUCCGGUCGCGGAACCAUCCUCGGACUCGGUGGCGCAGGAUUUGAUCGAGGGAGGUGGUACGAGCAAGCUGGAUCAGUCCGUUGAUUCCGGCAAGUCGUCGCUCGAGGAAGAGCAACAGCAGCAACAGCAGAUUCCGGAGGAUGUUGCGAGUCAAGAUCCAACUGAGCUGCAGGCGAGUAAAGAGAAUGCGAUUGAGGACGACGAUCUGGACGAUAAAGAAUCGAGUAGUUCUAGUUCAUCGAGCUCGUCGAGCUCGAGCUCAGAUUCGGACAGUUCGGAUGAUGAGAGGGAGGAGGAUAAAGAGGAGGAAACGCCUCCACCGGCAAUGCAGGCUGCAGCGAGUGUGGUGCAGGUUGCGGAGGCCGAAGAACCGGUUCGAAGUGAGGAGAGGAUAGAGUUGCCGGUGCAGGAUAAUGGCAAGCUGGACACGGAGGAUACGUUGUCGGUGUCAUCGGAAGAGGAAGAUGAUGAGGAGGAGGACGAUGAAGACGAACAAGUUGACGAGGGAAAAAUUACGCGGAGCGAAGGAUUGAAGUUGUCCAUAUCGCUGAAGAGGCCGCCGAUUGAGGAGAAACCUGUAGAUCGGUUACCUCCGGUGAUACCUCCGGCCGCUCCGCAGCCACAACCGGUAGAUUUCAGUAACUUCCUAAGUCAGGGAAAGCUGAUAUCCGAGCAGAUUAAGCUGGACUACGACAACAAACCGGCUGUGCACAACAUUAGCGAUCAGGUGACCCAGCUAGAGCGGCAGCAACCAACGCCAGUGACGGAACCUACCCCAACUGGACCAUUUUCGCUACUCAACAACCAACUCAAGACGAACUACGUCGGUGUCAACACGGCCGAUUUCCUGAUGGAAGAAUCGUCCGACACGCUGGACGAGGACAACCGGCUGGUCAUCGCGGAGACGCAACGAAGAGGUCGUAAAAAGGCUGAUCCGUCCGCGUUAGCCAAACCCAACCAACACCAGCACCAACCCUGGCAGCACCAUUUUGGCCCGGAAGGCGGCACCUUCCCCACCGGAAUGCUACGCUUCAACCAGAAACCAAAACGACCCCAACAACGGCAGCAACACCAGCAAUCCCUGAUGAGAACCAUGCUGGCUAGUUGCAAAAUCCCGCAGCCACAUCUCCCAGCCCCACCAACAGUUCCUCCCCAACAAAUGCCUCAUCCCAAUCGGCAGCAGUCCCUUCUUCUUUCCCAACUGCCGCCAACAAUCCCCGUGCAGCAACCUCCGCCUCCACCUCCAGCUGAGCAGAAAAAGAAGGACAAGAAAAAAGUAUUUCUCUGCUCGCCCUGCGGAACGCACUACGAAAACUGGAACCUCUUCAAGCACAUGCGCGAGGUGCACAAAAAGUACAUCUGCCUGUACUGUCUGGGAAUCUUCCAGAGUGCGGAACGGCUGGUCAGCCAUCUCGAGGCCAAGCACCAGAUCCGCAAGAAGCACGUGGCCAGCAUCGAAGAGUACCAGCCGGAAGGCCCGCUCUAUCUGAUGUGCGCUCGCUGCGAACACAUCUUCGAGAAGGUCACCACCGCGGACGGCGACGCAAUCGCCCAUCACGACUGCGCCAACUACGCGGACAAGUGCGACAACUGCGGCGGCAUCAAGCAGUCCAAGCACAAGUGCGAAAAGAAGCAGGAACAACACGUCGAGAACAACGCCCUCAGCAACGGUGACUCGAACCGAAGAGUCCCAAACAAGAAGGCGAAGCUGUCCCAGCCCGACCUGUCGAUGCCACCUCAACCCGCCAACCAGUUUCACUUUGGUCCAUCCAUCCUGCAGUCCCAACUCAUGAAACCAAUCGAGCAACCCGCGCAACCCUUCCCGAUCCAGACGACAACGACGACCCUGUCGACCAUCCCGGCGUCGCUGUUGAACGUUGCGGAAGCUCCGACAGAGCUACCACCGGUUCCGGAACUUCCACCCCAGCCCGUAGUGGAGGAACAGCCGGAGAAUCGGCCCCUGUUGGUGCCCAAGCUGAAGGUGAAAAUUCCCAAGCAGUUUUGUACGCCGAUCGAGAGCGAGGAGUCGUCGACGGAGAGUGACUGCGACGAGGAGGAGGAGGAAGAAGAGGAGGAGGAGCAGGAGCAGGAAGAAGAGGAGAACAUCCCGGAGCAACCCGUCCCCGAAGUGGAACCUACCCCAGUGGAACCAGUCUCGCAACCUCCAGCACCUACCCCACGAGCCGAAGAAGAUGACGUCAAACUGGACCCCGUUGAGAUGGACAUCGAAGAGGAGGGUGACCGUCAGCCGGUUAAUCUACCACCGGAAAUGGGUCCCGCACCGAUGCCAGUGGAACACCAGCAACAAGAUCCUGUGGCGGAACCGAUGGCGGUCGAUGAGGACGAGCAGCCGGACGAAGCGGCACCGCCUGCACCUCCUUCGGUGGAGGAAGCGGAACCGGCGGCACCACCGUCGGACGGCAUCGUGGUGGCGGACGAGGACGCGCAAACGUUCGACCUGACGCUGGACGAACCGCUGGACAAGAUGGACAUUCGACAGUUUAUCAAGAUUUGUUUGAGGUCGACGGUGCCGUUCUGUUUGUACUGCAACCACGCGCGCCGGAUCGCCGUGAAUGGGAAGUACUUGGCGUUGCACUUGGUCGCGACGCAUCGCUUCCAGGCGACGGUCAACAGCAUUACGGCGGAGGAGUUGCUGCCGGCGACGAUCGUGCAGCGGUUUAAAGCUAGUUUGGAGGAGUUGGAGGCGAUGUUCUUCAAUUUGGAGACGUUCGACAGUUGUUGGACGGCGGAGGAGAAGGCGGUGACGUAUCCGAAGCAGUUUGAGUGCUUCCAGUGCCGGUUCGUGACGCGGAUACACAAGGAGCUGUACCUGCACAACCGGAAGAUGCACCAGAAGGCGUUGACGAUCUGCUUGAUGUGUCGAGGGAACUUUUUCAGCUACUCGGAGCUGCUUUGCCACAUGUGUCCGGGGGCGCCCAAUCGGAUGGUCAUCUUGGACUACCAGUUUCGGUGCUGUUGCUGUAACAUUGACGGUAUUCCGUCGGCGUUCCGGUUGAUGGUCCACCUGCGGAAGCGCCACUUUGCGUGUGACGUUUGUUUGGAGCAGUGUACGGAGCAGGGCGCUUUGUCGAAUCACGUGUGGAAGCACAAGUUGCACCAUUUGUGCUAUCGGUGUGGAAUCGCGUACCGUAACAAGGCGGACAUCCUGAAGCAUCUGUUUUGGAAGCACGGAACGGAGGGGGUGUUGUGUAAAAAGUGUUUGCAGAAGAAGUGGCCCCACGUGUAUCACUUUUGCGUGCCGCCGGCCCAGUUUGUGUGCGACGUGUGUCAGCUAGGCUUCCGGAAGUCGCUGGCCCUCAAGGUCCACCAGCGGUUGCACAACGGCGAAGAGAAGUAUCCCUGCACGGAGGACGACUGCGAGAAGAAGUUCAUUUCGAAGAAGCUGUUGCUGAAGCACGUCCAACGGCAUUACGAGCCACCUCCGCCACCACCUUCGCCUCCAAAACCUCCGAAGGAACCUACGCCCGAGCCGGAACCGGUGCCAGUCGUAGCGCCCAAAGAGGAACCCGUUGAAGAGGCUAUCGUCAAGAAGGAAGACCCGGAUGCUCCGUGCGUCAUCAAGGAGGAAAAGAAGGAGGGAGAACCUUCUGCGCCACCAGAGCAGGCCACCCCGCGCAAGAAGAAGAAGAAGCGCUCCAAGGAGGACGACCUGAUGAUGAAUCUGCCGGCGUUGAACCUGUCGGAGAGUGACAGCAGUGACGACUCGGACGCGGAUCACUCGAACGCGAGCAGCAGUCGCAAGUUCGCGGCGGCAGAGUCGGGUGACGAGGUGAAGGACGCCGUCAAGAAGGAGGAACCCAAGCAGGAGCAGCAGCAGCAGCAGCAGGAGGUGGACGACGAGGAAGACAAAUCCGCCGGGGCGGAGCAGAUUGUGAACAUUUGGAACAACUUUAAAAACUACCAGGCGAGUCGGAACAACAGCCGGCGACCGUCGGUGUCGGAUGAGAUCAGCGAGGAGCAGUUUGUGGAGCGGAUGUUGAAGAGCAAGAUUCUGCACGUGACCCAGUCGGACCACGAUUACUGUAUGAUGUACCGGAAGGUGUACCCGGAGGUGAAGGCGAGCGAGGGUGGCGAGACGAUCGUGAUCGAUGACGAUGGCAAUGUGGAGGGGAAAACGUCGCUGCUGAAGAGUCCGACGAAGAAGCAAAAGUCGCCGCGGAAGCGGAAGGCGUCGAAGAGUGGGUCGGACUCGUCAUCGAGUGAAAGUGGAAGCGAUUCGGACUCGAGCUGUGAGUGUGGAUCGAACUGCAGCUGUAGCUCGAGCAGCUCGGGAAGUAGUAGCUCAAGUUCGGACGAUUCGGAUAGCUCCGAUGAAAAUAGUGCUAAAAAGAAGGAGAAGAAGGAAGAGCAGAAGCAGCAGCUGACGAAGGUUGAGGAACCGGUGCCGGUCGUGGUGGCUCCGGUUGUGGAAGAACCUCCGGUUGAGCCGCCGGAACCGGUCGAUCCGGACACGAUCAUUCACGAGUCGGACCUGGAGACGGAUGUGACGCUGACGGACGAAGAGUUUUACGACGAACAUCCGCAAAAGUUGGCCAACCAGAUGUUGGCCGAGAAGCGACGCCAGUUGAUGAUGCAGACCUGUGCCAGUCCGAUGAACAGUUACGGAAUCGUGGAGAACAGUCGACCCUCGACGCCGUCGCUACCGGAGGAGAUGGUCGCCGCGAAGAAGAAGGUCAAGGUGAAGAAGAAGAAGCGCGAGAGGAAAAUUACGAAAAAGACUCCGCCGCGGUUGGCGUUGCCUCAUGAUGCACCUGCGGUGCACCAUCAUCACCAUCACCACCACCACACGGCUCCCCACCAGCAUCCGAACAUUCCUCCCCCGCUAAAUCUGAACCACGUGGAUCAGUUCUCGCCGGCCCCAGUGCUUCCAGCGGUUCCGCACACCGCCCCGCCAAUGCUACACCCGAUGGAACCCGCUACACCCCAAGCUAUACCUUCUGCAGCAGUCCCCGAAUCGCCCGAGACGUCGUUCGUCGGUUCCCGGAUCAACACGCCGCGACUCAGCACCGGCAACAGUUCCGAAUCGGACGCGCCCCUCAAGCGAUCCCAGCGCAGUCGAAAACCGAACAAGUUCUACGGUUACACCAGUGACGACGAGUUGCCACCCACGCUGACGCCGCUGGUUUCCAAGAACCCGGAAAAGUCGAUCCUCUCCGUGAUGAAACCAACCCCCCCUCCGAACCUGGUUUGGAGCAAGGAGGACCUUCCCUCGCCACCCAAGAGCAAACCAUCCAAGUCGCGAACCUCGGAACACCACACGCCCGUUUCGUCCCGUGUUCCCCCCGCAGCUGCGCUCACCCCAGCGGCGGUACCUCCCCGGGUCGAACCCAUGCGAAUCCCGCACACUCCCGUGCACCACAUCAACCCGGGUCCCCUGUUUGGCCAGAACGACGCCGACAGCGACUCCAGCCAGGAAGGCGCCCUUCAAAUCAGUCAAAAACCGGUCAAAACCAAAGCGAGUCGCGUGUCAGCAGCAGCAGCACCACCCCCACUUCCCAAGCUCAAACUGUCCCUCUCGGCGAAAAAGACCCCGGCGCGAGGCACUCCAAAGACCCCAGCCGGCGGCCGAAAGCGUGCCCCACCCAAGUCCAAAACGCCCAAAUCCGCACCCCCCGUAAUCGCUCCGAUCGUCCCGCCCGUCUACCCUCCCCCAACCUCCGCCCCGGUCAUCCUGCCCGCCGCCGCAACAGCCCCCUUCCAACCCCCAAUCCCGAACCCGGCCGCCCCGAAAGUGCUCCCCCUCGGUUCCUUCCCCGGCAUCCACACCGAGUUCUUCCCGCCUUCGCAGAUCCGCAUCCCGGCCGGGUGGCGACCGCCGCGCGAGGGCGAAUCCGUGUACUGCUACUGCCGGUGUCCGUACGACGAGGUCUCGGAGAUGAUUGCCUGCGACGGGGACAACUGCCGCAUCGAGUGGUUCCACUUUGAGUGCGUCGGGAUCAUUAUGCCACCGAAGGGCAAGUGGUACUGUCCGGAGUGCAAGAUGAAGCAGGCUGGCGGAGUUGGUGGGGAGAGCAGUGCCACGGUGGUUCACGCGGCCGAACUGCAGGACAACCUGCUGGAUUCGAAUUAGAAGUUACUUAGCGAGAGAGAGAGAGUGAGAGGAGAGCAAACUCUUUAUUGUUUAUCGAGAAACUAUAUUCUAGCGGUAGCGAUUUAGUAUAAAAUACACACAAACAAUACAUUAAUGAAACAAACAAUGUAAAAGUACAUGUAGACAAAAUACAUUUAAAUCAUUAAACAAACAAAAAUCGGUGAUUAAAAUUGAACUACCCUCUCCGCGACAAAAACUGCUGAAACGAUACACAAAAAGUACAUUUACACAGAAAUCAUGUAGAAAUUAAGUUGCAAGCGCAGCGCUGCAAUUAGUGCGUCGUGUUUUAGUCUAGUUUUUUUUUUUUUGAAAAACGCUUAUUUUUUCUGUAGACAGAAGAAACACACAGAAAAAAAACAUGAAUAAAAAUAAAACAUCGGUCUAAUUAGAAAUUUAGAUUUUUUUUGUGUCCCCAAACCCCCCGUAAAAUAGUACAUCUAAUUUCACGUGAUAGUUUUGUAUAGAACGAGAGCGGAGCUAGGUUUAAGGGUGUGUACAGCAACAGCAGUAGUAACAGUAGCAAGUAGGACGUUUUUUCGCUUUAGACGCAGUUUGGUUUGGUUUUCUGUUUUUUACAACUCUUUACUACACUCGACUUUUUUUCGGAGCGGAGUAAUUUUCUUUUCUGCAUAGAUUUCGAUGAAACUGGUUUAAUUGUGGUGAUAUUUUUCAAAAAAAAAAACACGAGAAGACAAAAAAGAACCUGACGCAGGUGAAAUAGGACAAUGUAUCGAACUACACCCCGUUCUUCUCUUAUUCAACGUAUAGAAGUGAAACCAGCAAAAUAAGUCUUAUUACAAAAAAUGCUAUAAACGAACUAUUACGAAUAUUAUCUAAAAAAAACAACACAAGAAGAAGAAAUCCUGUAGAAUACAAAACUAACGACUUGACUGGCUUCUUGCAUAAAUUCACGGAAAACUGGUAAAAGUGCGCGCGUGUAGAACUGUAAUAAAAAAAAGAUACCUUAAAACGGAAAGAUUCUGCAUAAAUAAACCAACCACAACAUAGUCAGACUAGAAAUGUUGACGAAGAAAAAAAA